AACGACUCAUGUACUCUGUCACAAAAUUUUCCUUCUCAAUUCCAUUCUUGUUGCGUUUUCAAGCUUCUGCAGUUGCAAGUUCUACUUAAAUUCUCUUCAUUCUUCGCUCUUAUUUUGAAGCCACUGCGCAGCAACUUCUGCAACAUUGAUUGCCAGGUGAGACCGAGGGGAAGCUUCAGAAUUCUGAAAUAAGAUCCCACAAAAUUUUUCUUCGUUUUUCUCUGCAACCAAACAAUCAGAACUUGUCUCCAAUCCGGAUCGGAUAUGGGUUUCCUGGUAACUACCUUGAUUUUCGUGUUGAUUGGGAUUGUUGCAUCGCUUUGCACCAGAAUAUGCUGUAACAGAGGCCCCUCUGCUAAUCUAUUGCAUCUAACAUUGGUUAUUACAGCAACAGUCUGUUGUUGGAUGAUGUAAGUUCAUGCUUGUUUUCAAAUUUGCUUUCCUUUGGUAAUAAAUUUGAUUUUUUUAUGAAUUCCUCAAUGAUUGAUGCUGUUUCUGAAGUGGUCUCUUGGUUAAUUAUCCUCUAGCUCAAAGCAUAUCCUUUUUGCUUAAAUACUAGUUUGUAGCCACAUGAGGCAUUGCUUCCAUAAUAGUUAAUUAAAUACUGAAUUUCUUG